AUGUCGUCCAAGACGUUUUCCCGUGCUGAAGUCGCCAAGCAUAAUACUGAAGAUUCGCUUUGGUGCAUCAUCGACCAUCGCGUGUAUGAUCUCACCGAUUUUGUAGAUGCCCAUCCCGGCGGGUCCGUGGUACUUGCCCAAGUAGCCGGCCAAGAUGCUACAGCAGACUUUUACAACCUGCACCGACAAGAGGUUUUAGAGAAAUAUCGAGACCAGUUUUCUAUCGGAACUAUUGAAGGCGAGAAGCCCGAGGUUAUUGAGCCUAAAAUCGGAGCUAUAAGUCCCGUCCCCUACGCAGAACCAUUAUGGCUGCGUCCGCAGUUCAAGAGUCCAUAUUUCAAUGAAAGCCAUCGUCGUCUGCAGAAGGCCAUGCGCGAAUUCACUGACAAAUAUGUCACCCCUGAAGCUCAAGAGAAGGAAAGAGAUGGGACUUAUAUCAGUCAGGAGUUGAUUGAUCGUAUGGCUGAAACAAAUAUUUUGGCUAUGCGACUGGGCCCCGGAAAGCAUCUUCACAAUCGCAAGCUUCUAGGUGGCAUUGUUGAUGGCAAGGAGUUCGAUUACUUCCAUGACAUGAUUGUUGCUCAGGAGUCAGUGCGUGCUAGUGCCCGAGGAUUCCAGGAUGGCAACAUGGCUGGCAUGACCAUUAGUCUCACGGCGGUGCAGCAAUGGCUGCAAGAUCCUAUACUCAAGGAACAGGUGACUGAGGAGGUUUUGUCCGGAAAGAAGAAGAUGUGUCUUGCCAUCACAGAGGCUUUUGCCGGUAGUGAUGUGGCGGGACUUAAAACUACCGCUGAGAAGACGGCGGAUGGAAAGUUCUACAUCGUCAACGGCACCAAAAAGUGGAUCACCAACGGAAUGUUCGCCGACUACUUCGUGACCGGAUGCAAGACCGAGAAGGGAUUCACAGUGCUAUUGAUACCUCGUGACGGCGGCGUUGAUACAACACAGAUCAAGACUUCGUACUCGACUGCUGCUGGAACUGCCUUUGUUCAGUUCGAGAACGUGAAGGUUCCCGUAACCAACAUCCUUGGCCAGGAGCACAAGGGAUUUGCAGUGAUUAUGUCCAACUUUAACCACGAACGUUAUUACAUGGCCGCAGGUGUGAUUAGAAACUCCGCGACCAUUGUAGAGGAGUGUCUAAAGUGGUGCAACCAACGAAUUGUGUUUGGUAAGAAGCUGGUGGAACAACCCGUUAUGCGUCAAAAACUAGCCCAAAUGAUCUCACUUGUCGAGGCCCACCAGUCAUGGCUAGAGUCCAUCGCCUAUCAAAUGUCCAACAUGAGCUAUGCCGAUCAAGCGAAACAUCUGGCCGGACCAAUUGGCUUGCUUAAGUCAAGUGCCACUCGCGCAGCCCAUGAUAUUGCCGACCAUGCUGUUAAUAUAUUCGGUGGACGUGGCUUGACACAAUCAGGUAUGGGCAGAGUGGUGGAGAUGUUCCACCGUGGAUACAAAUUCGAUGCUAUCCUAGGUGGCACGGAAGAGAUUCUUGCCGAUCUGGGUGUUCGACAAGCGAUGAAGAACUUCCCCAAGGCAAUGUUGUAA